UUCACGCAUGGUGGACUCACGUGGUAUACUUUACUGUUUUGUAAAUCAUCCAACCAAUCAACCGACCGUAACAACGACAGCUGAUCAGUUAAUAUUUAUUACAAUGUUAGUACUACCACACCAGUUCUAUACACGAUUUCCAGUAACACGUUGUAAUCGUGGACAAGAUAUUGAAAUUUAAACAGUCAAAAUGAGUGCAUUAAAAGCAGACAGGAAUUGUAACGAAGAAAAAAUCAUCAAAAUACAUCCUGUAGAUGCUAAAGAUGCUUAUUCAAUUACAGUUCUGUUCUGUUUCAAGAUAGAUCAUUUAUCAAAUUCACUAAAAAUUCUUAUUUGUUCCUUCCUUGUUUUUGUAUUUUUUAUUAUCUAUGGUUAUUUGCAGGAAUUGAUUUUUCAGUUAGAAGAAUUUAAACCUUUCGGAUUGUAUCUAACUUUCAUGCAAUUUUUAUUAUAUGCUUUUAUAUCUUUUCUAGAAUGGCGUGUAAAUAAAAGUUGUCAUAGAAGUAUGGUCCCAAUAAAGACAUAUGCAUUGUUAGCAUUGCUAACGGUUGGUUCUAUUGGUUUGUCUAAUACUUCGGUUGGAUAUCUGAAUUAUCCUACUCAAGUUGUUUUCAAAUGUUGCAAGUUAAUCCCAGUAUUAAUUGGUGGUAUCAUUAUUCAAGGUUUGUUAUUACUUUUUUUAAAUAACUAAUGAUAUAGUAUAUAAUUUUAAAUAAUAGUCUUUAAAUACUGGAUUAUUUUGAGCUAGUUAUUAAUUAUUGAUAUAUAAAGUAAUUUAGUCUAAAGGUAGGCAGUUAGGUUGCCAUCUUAUACUGAACUUAUUAUUAAUAAUUAUGCUAAUUUUAAUAUUUCGUAUAGAUGAUAGUAAUCUGUAAUAUCCUUAUUUGAAUUUGCAUGGAUAUAACAACAUUAUUUCCUGUUUUCCAUGAAUCUCAGACUCAUAAUGUUUUUUGGAAUACAGUUUUAUUUCAUCCAUUUAUCUUGUAUUUGCAUUACAUGUUUUGGCCAUUUGUGUGGCUCUUUUUUAGACCAUAAUAGAUAAAUUGUGCACCUAAAUUUACAUAAAUUAUAAAGCCUUAAUAAACACACAUAAUAAAUUACAAAAAUAUAGUUACUUAGGAUUAAUGAACAGGCUUAUUAUACUCCCAGCUUAUUUAAUUAACCUUUCCAAAAGCAUUUUGGCAUUAUUGGCCCUUUUCAAUUUGAUAACAUACAAAAAACAGAGCAUAUAGUGACUGUUGCUAACAUUACAAUAUGCCUUAGAAGUACAAUAAUUACAAAUUAUUGUACUUUUACAUUAUAUUGUAAUAGGAAGACAAAAGGAUUAUUCCCAAGAUUUUUACUAGGCUUGUAUUGUAUUGCAUUGUUACAGACCUAGAUAUAAUUUAUAAUUAUUGUAUUUCUAAGCUAUAUUGUAAUGUUGGCAAUAGUCUUCAUAGACUGAUUUUUGUAUGUUAUCCAAUUGAAAAGGUCCAGUAAAGUCAAAACGCAUUUUGGAAAGGUUAAUUAAAUAUGCUGAAAGUAUAAUAAAUUUGUUCAUUAGCUGGGGUCACUUCUGUGUGAAUAUUGAUAUCUAAAAUCAAUUAUUUUUAAUAUCAAGACAAGAAAAUAGACAAUCUUACACAAAUAAUUUUAAGCUUGUUUAUUUAAUAAAUUUUUUAAUUAUUUGGAAUUUUAGUUCAAAUGUACAAAAUAAAAUUAUCAAUAUUUAUGCUACUUUUACAAUGUAAGUUAUGGCAGCACUGUAGUUAUUUCAUUUUCAUAUCAAAGUUGCUGUAUUUGCAAAUACAUGCAAUUACUUUAUCAGAAAAAUAUUGUCACAGAAAAGUGAAAUGUUCUUCUCAAUUGCAUACAAAGUAGCAACUUUUUUCGUAUUUUGUUGAUACUUUUGUUUAGACACCAUAGCGAUAACUUGUUGCCAUUUGAAAUCGGGUCAGGCUCUAGCUAAAUCACAGCAGUUAAACUGUGUGCAAGUUGUACAUCGUAGGGCCAAUGGUUGAUUGGCAGUUUGUGUCAUCAGUGAUGAUAUUGCCAGGCUAUCAGUUAGUCCAUGUUCACACAUUAUUUGGUGAUAAGACAAGUUCCACUAACAAGCUAACUCAUAAGAAUAGGUUACAAUUAUUCCAAUAGAAGAUCUGCAACUUUAGGAUGUUACCUGUAGGAGUCAGUUUGCAAUGCGCAAUGAGAUUGAAACUGGUACUUGCAUUCUUGUGUAACAUAAUUGUAAAUCUAGCUUUAUAGUUGUACUAUGGAAAACUCUUUUCUACUUAGAAUUUUAGGGAGUGUGUACACACCCUCCACACACUUCUAGAUCUACCCCUGGAGGUCCUAAGCAACUGUGUUUUUGUAAUUAAUUAAUACAUGCAAAAAUAUACAUAAUAAAUUUUAUGGAAAACUUAUUGCAGCUUGCAUACAUAAUUUCUAUAAAAUUACAUUAUACUAAAAACUCUAAAAGAAGAAAAAUUUUAAAAUCAACUCAUAUUUUUUAUCACUGACCACUGUUAAACAGUCCUUUUUGUGUAAAAAGUUUUGGUGCAUUACAACAGCUUAAGGUGAUUUUACAUUUAUACAGAUUUUUUUGUUUAAAAGUUUAAUGUAUUUAUUCAUAA